CUCCACACCCUCCCUUUUCUCUCUCUUCUAAAUCUUUAGCAUCUCAAGUGCUCUUAUCAAGAAUGGUCAAAUUUGGAGGUGUUGUCAUUUGUCUCUUGAUUGUUGCAAUAGAUGUGGUUGCUGGGAUUCUUGGCAUCCAAGCACAAAUUGCACAAAACAAGGUUAAGAACUUGAGGUUGUGGAUAUUUGAGUGUAAAGAGCCAAGUCAUGAUGCUUUCACGCUAGGGUUAGCAGCUGCAGCACUAUUGGGUAUAGCUCAUGUUAUUGCUAAUUUGCUUGGUGGGUGCAUUUGUAUUUGUUCUCAAGAGCAGCUUCAAAGAGCUUCUCCUAACAAGCAGCUUUCUGUGGCUUGCUUCAUUUUCUCUUGGAUCAUAUUAGCCGUUGGUUUGUCCAUGUUGGUUAUUGGAGCUUCGUCAAAUAACAAGUCAAGGGCUUCCUGUGGUUUCUCAUACCGUCGUUUUCUAUCUACUGGAGGCAUUUUAUGCUUUGUUCAUGGGCUGUUCUGUGUUGCAUAUUAUGUUUGUGCCACUGCUGCUUUCACCAAAGAAGAAAAAUCUGGUGGUGCUUAAGCCAUAGGCCCCUUUUGUUUUGUUCUUCCCCCUUUAGUUAUUAGGUUUUUUAAAUGCCCUCUUGUUACAUAUUAAAAUUUGUAAUCAUUCUCUUUAUUAAUUUAUGGCAUGAGAUAACUAAUUAUAUAUAUUAAUUGCUAAUUAAUCCUUUUCUUUA